CGCGAUCUAUUUUUACAAAUUCGUUGGAUGGUACGAUCGAUUUGUCGCGCAACGUGCGCAUUUCUCACCCCUAUAUAAUUUUCCACCAGUUCCCGACCAUAUUGCACAAACAAUUGCACAAAAAACAACCAUGCCCGGGUCUCGAAAAAUGAUUUUGAAGCACGUCAUGUCUGGAAUUUGUUCAAAAAUGAACCGGACCAAGCAACUGCCUUCUGACGUUAUGGAGACUCCUCUCAACCGCUGCCUUAACACUUUUGACAUCACUUUACUAGGGGUUGGUCAUAUGGUGGGGACGGGAAUCUACGUCCUGGCGGGCACCGUGGCCAAGGAGAAGGCCGGUCCUGGCAUAAUCCUUUCGUUUCUUUUAGCAGGCCUGGCGAGCCUGCUGUCGGCCCUUUGUUACGCCGAAUUCGGGACGAGGGUGCCUAAAGCCGGCUCUGCCUAUGUCUACACUUACAUCAGCAUAGGCGAGUUCUGGGCCUUCGUCAUCGGCUGGAACAUCCUCCUGGAGCACAUGAUCGGCGCCGCGUCCGUAGCUCGCGCCUGGUCCGGGUACGUAGACUCCCUCUUCGGCGGCGUGAUCAGCAACACCACCAUCUCCAUCACCGGCGAACUCCACGAGCAGCUCCUCAGCCGCUACCCCGACUUCCUCGCCUUCAGCGUGUGCAUCGUGUACGCCCUCCUGCUGGGCAUCGGCGCCAAAGGCUCGGCCAUCGUCAACAGCCUCCUCACCAUCAUCAACCUGGCCGUCAUGGGGCUCGUCAUCACCGUGGGCUUCUACUACGCCGACGAGCAGAACUGGACGUCUUCACGUGGCGGUUUCCUGCCCUUCGGCUUCGGCGGCGUGAUCGCAGGCGCCGCCACCCUGUUCUACGCCUUCGUGGGCUUCGACAGCAUCGCCACGUCCGGAGAGGAGGCCAAAAACCCCUCCUUCUCGAUCCCCAUGGCCACGGUCCUCUCCAUGGGCAUUGUCACCCUUGGCUACAUCCUAGUUUCGGCUGCUCUGACUCUCUUAGUGCCAUACUACGAGAUUAACGCCAAUGCCGCCCUCCCGGAGGCCUUCAGCCACGUGGGGAUGCACUGGGUCAAGUACGUCGUCUCCCUGGGGGCCAUCUGCGGCAUGACGACCACGCUCUUCGGCUCGCUGUUUUCGCUCCCCAGGUGCAUGUACGCCAUGGCCGUGGACGGCCUCCUCUUCAGCUUCCUCGGCAAUGUCAACUCCAAGACCCAACUACCCCUCACGAACUUGGUCAUUUCGGGCCUAUUCUCGGCCUUGAUCGCCCUAUUAUUCGACUUGCAAAUUCUAGUCGAGUUCAUGUCAAUUGGCACGCUUCUAGCCUACACUAUAGUGAGCGCUUGCGUCAUUAUUCUGCGCUAUAGGCCCACCUAUGAACCGGUCAAACCGGCCUCGACCCCGGCCUCUGAAAUUUCCGCCUCUACUUCGGAACUGACAACACCUGGCUCAGAAAUAGUCACUCUGGUGGGCACCUUGCGGGUGCAGUACAGCUGGAUGGGCCCGAUUUUCGGGCACUGCGAGCCCGGCUCUGUAGUCACAGCGUCCGUUUUUGUCUAUACGACGUUCAGUGCUGCCCUCUGUAUCCUCUUCCAAGUCUCGUCGUCCGACCUUAAGAACGGCAUUUGGUGGACUGUUAUCCUGGCCAGUUUCUUCAUCUUCAUCAUGGUGGCCUCCCUCGUGGUCAUAAUAGCCCACCACCAGAGUGCCACCGGGUUGCGGUUCAAGGUACCAAUGGUACCGCUGAUCCCGGCUUUGAGCAUUCUGUGCAACAUCGAGUUUAUGGUCCAUUUGAACGUCCUGACCUGGCUCCGGUUUUUCGUCUGGAUGAUUCUAGGGAUGUUGGUCUAUUUCCUAUAUGGGAUCCACCACAGUAAGGAAGGGGAAGGUAACUCGAGCUAUUCCAUUCUGAUGACUUCUUCCGAAGCCGUGAAGGAGAAAUGGGGUUCCACUACUAAGACUAACUUUAAAGGCGCGUUCACGAGGAGGAAAUCGUCAAGUGGGGACCGAAGUGCCAUUAUCGAUGAAGAGGAAAGUACCGAGUAAUGGGACUAAGGGGUGGACUAGUCGGGUGGUUUUGCUUUAAUAAUGACUGGCAUAUCGACGAAAUAUUUUUUUGCUGGUUAUUCUGUUGGAUAAAUGAAAAUCAAAGUAUAGAUAUUUAUUGUAAAUAUAAUGCUAUAUCGGUGUUAUAAUAAAGAGGAAUAAACGAA